GUUCCCACACGGUCUGCCUUCAGGCCAUGCCUGCGGCCCCUCACAUUCGCCCCAGAGGACCUCAGCCCAAGCAUGUCCCUGUGACCCUCCGUGCGUCCUUGCAAGCCCACCUUAAUCACUUACCUGACCGACUCGCGUUAGAAGGUGCAAAGCCAGAGCAAAAGAAAGGUCUGGACAAUAACCUGUGUUUGACCAGAGGCCCCCCCACCCCCUCCACCCCCAGGUGCAAGUUCUUCAGUCUGACCGAGACGCCCGAGGAUUACACCAUCAUUGUUGACGAGGAGGGCUUCUUAGAGCUGCCCUCCUCGGAGCACCUGAGCGUGGCAGGCGCCACCUGGCUGGCCCUGAACGUGGUGUCGGGCGGGGGUGGCUUCUCAGGCUCACAGCCCAUCGGCGUGACCAAGAUUGCCAAGUCAGUCAUCGCCCCGCUGGCCGACCAGAACAUCUCCGUGUUCAUGUUGUCUACCUACCAGACAGACUUCAUCCUGGUGCGUGAACGGGACCUGCCCUUCGUCACGCACACCUUGUCAUCAGAGUUCACCAUCCUGCGGGUCGUCAAUGGCGAGACGGUAGCAGCUGAGAACCUCGGCAUCACCAAUGGCUUCGUGAAACCCAAGAUGGUCCAGAGGCCUGUCAUCCACCCUCUGUCCAGCCCAAGCAACAGGUUCUGUGUCACCAGCCUGGACCCUGACACGCUGCCUGCGGUCGCCACACUCCUCAUGGACGUCAUGUUCUACUCCAACGGAGUGAAGGACCCCAUGGCCGCCGGUGAGGACUGCGGCCACAUCCGCUUCUUCUCCUUCUCCCUCAUUGAGGGCUACAUCUCCCUGGUGAUGGACGUGCAGACCCAGCAGAGGUUCCCUAGUAAUUUGUUGUUCACGAGUGCGUCCGGAGAGCUCUGGAAGAUGGUGCGGAUCGGAGGACAGCCCCUGGGAUUUGAUGAGUGUGGCAUCGUGGCCCAGAUCUCCGAGCCCCUGGCUGCCGCAGACAUCCCCGCCUACUACAUCAGUACUUUCAAGUUCGACCACGCGCUGGUACCAGAAGAAAACAUCAACGCCGUCAUCGGCGCCCUGAAAGUCAGCCAAGCAGAGAAGCAUUAGGAGGGCCUCUUCCACUCCUCCCUGUCUGCCCCCCCAGGCCUGGGCCAGGCCCCUCCCCCGAAGAUUCUUCUCACAGUAUUUCUCACGGACUGGAAAAUCGGCCCCGGGGGCCCCCAAGACAGGGCCUCAGGGAGACACCCCCUGAUUGCUCACCCUGCCGGGCCUGGGGCCCAAGCCAAGGCCUCCCCAUGCCCUCCUGCCUUCCUGGAGCCCCCAGACCCUCCAGAGAACCCCCCCUCCCCCCAGCCGCUCCUCCUCCCCACCACCCCUACUCCAGAAAAUGAUGUCUGAGGCCCAGGGAGUUUGCGAGCCGACCGGCCUUCCCCUCUGGCCUGGCCCACGGUGGGGGGGGGGGGGGGGGGGGGCCGCGGGUGUUUGGCGCCCCCCCCGCCCCCCCCCGGGGGGGGGCCCGGGGGGGGGGGGGGGGGGGGGGGCAGAUGCCGAAGGAAGCAGGCCCCUCCUACGAGACAAUGGGGUUCUGACUCUCGUGUCAUCCUGGGGAGCCGGCCGAGCGGAGCCGAGUUCAUGGAGACCGGGGAGACCCCCGUGAGGACCUGAGGCUGGAUGUUGUGGCCGCUGGUCUCCCGUUCCGUCAGCUCCGGGCUGGUUCCCGCAGAGUGGAGGCCAGUGGGCGGCCCUCGGGUCACGCGCUGGGGAGGCUCCGACAAGCAGGGGUGGGGUCCUGAUCUGGGGAGGACCCAGGCCACCCAGAAUUUCACCUGCCAUCCACAGGGCCCGCGUCCCGACUCCCAGCAAGACUGCCAAGGGGGCCCUGUCCACACCCUCCCCGCCAUAAGCACUCACUCCUGGGGGCGGUUCCCAGGAGACCCACCAGCCUGGGGCACGAGCUCCUGUCCCCGCUGCUUUCCCUGGACCCUCCUUGGGCAGGCGGAGCCUUGGUUUCCCCGAAGCGGGGGGCAUCCCCAGCAUUUUGGACCUGGGGUUUCUUGGGUCACCCCCACUCCCCAGCAGUUGACUAGACCAGCACAGGGCUCCCCGUUAUCCUGCCCCCUCCCCUGCCCCACUUUUGGGGGGAUGUGGAAGGCCUCUGCCCCCAACUCACCUGCCUGCCCGCCCCUCAGCUGGGGCCUGUGGCAUUCAUGAGUACUUGACCUGGGGGGGCAGCUUAUCUGAGCCUUAAUAGAGAAAACCAUACAGUACGUUUUAGUUUCUUAUUUAAUGUAUUCGCGCCCAGGCUGUGGUCGGCGGCAGUUUCAGGGGACAGGGGACGACGCCUGCUGAGUUCUCUUGGGGGACCCAGAGGCUCAGGGUCCUUUGGCCGACGCCCUGUGGCUCCAGGGACAAGCGUGGGAGUCUGUAGGCGUCACAGAGGUAUUAGCCCUUUCUCUGGAGCAGGAAGCCGGCAGCAGAGGUGUGUGGCGAGAUAGGGGUUCCCGCGGGGUGCCCAGAGGCCACGGGGCAGGGGACAGGCAGGUGGCAGGCCGACCAGGGCAAAUGGGGGUGAGCCCCAAGGCGGCCCCUCCCUCCCUGGUCCUCCUUCUCAGGCGACAGCUGCCUUGCGCUGUCCCUGAGAGGCUCAGAGGAGAAAGGAGGUUCUCUCUGGUGAAGGGCUUGUGUGAGCCCCACUGCCCUGUUCUCCCAGCAUCGGGGGACCCUCUGAGCCCGGGACGCCCACCAGAUCCUUAAAGAUGCUCGGGGCCCAAGCACUGAUGAGGAACCCACUUUUUUUUUUUUUUUUUUAAGUUCAUUCAUGUUGCACAAAACUCUUAAAACAACCAAAACGUGUCCAUCUGUUUGCUGGCUCCAAAACGGGGUGGGGGGUGGCCGAGCGGGCAGGAAAGCACCUGAGACCCCGAGUCCCCUUUCUCUCCUUGGAAGGCCUUGAUUCUCCGUGGCGCGCCUCUCCAGACUCCUUCCCCGUCGGGUCCCCUGAUGAUGUCACUCCUCCACGCUCCCCCCCACCCCCACCCCGCCGAGCAAAUGUGUCGGCCCCGUGACCCCGGAAACGUGUGCUCCCCAGGCCCACCCCCCCCCAGAACGUAUCUAUUGUACACACUUAUAAAUACCUGUGUUUUAUGUUGAUAUAGAUAUAUACUGUAAAUAGCAUAUAUACUUGAGCAAUAUAUAUGUUAAUAUAUACUGUGUGAGCACACACGCGUGUGUGCACAGUACGUGGAUCACAGACCCCGCUGUGUGUGCACGUGUGUGGGCGUGGGGGCCUCCUGCCGCCGCGUCUGCCGUGCACGCGGGCACGUUUUGAGCCACCAUAUAUUUUUAAUUCAAGUAUAUAGGCAAUACAUUAUUCGAGAAGCCCUGACUUGAGAGGGAAAAAAAAACCAGCAGCCCAGGAGCGGAGUCCCAAGACUCCCUCCCCCAGUCUCCCUUGGAAGCUGGAUUCAGCCCCUGCCUGCACCCCCGUUUCCAUGGUCAAGGCCCCCCGGGCACCCUUGUUUUAUCUGGGGGACGGUGGUAUGGAGGGAGGAGUGUUGGAAUUUCUUGCUCUUGAGCAGAAAGGCCCUGUGACCGUUGCUCUUUGCCCAAAGACCUGGGCAGGUAGGUGGUCCCGCCCUGCUUUCCAGCCUGGGCCCCCCCCCCCCCCCCCCCCCCCCCCUCCCCUCCCCCCUGGCUGACUGUUUACCUGGUCCUCUUCACUGGCAAGCUGAGAAACUUCGGCUUCUUUUCUCAGGCCUCUUCCUGGACACUGGCCCCGUCUAGUCAACAAAAGGACCGAGGCCCUUGACCUUGUGUCCAGGGGGGGCUGGGGUGAGGGCUGGGCUCUCCAGCCGCUUGGGUGUGUGGGCGGCCGUCUGGGCCUGGGCCCCGAGCUGCCGUCUGGAUCUUCCCGUUCCCUGGGCUCCCCUCUUGCUGUGCCCGUGACGAGCAUAGUCAGGGAUUUGGUCUCCAUGGCAGUUUGGGAGGGAAGAGUACCCCACGUUUGCUGGGUGCGGGGGGGCUCUCCAGACCCACCAGAGUGGCCUGAGGGAUGUGCCGUCGGGGCGGAGGGUAUCUUGGCUCUGGCCGGUGGGUCACAUGGCAGGGGCAGGAAAACGGGGCUCCUGAGUGAGGCUGCCGAAAGGUAGGGGUGAGUGGUGGCCCCAACCUGCCUCCUGGGCUCCGGGUGUGUAUGUCUUUGCCUCUUUGCCACUCCGUGGUAAGAAAAGCUUGCACCAGCUUAAGGCUACCCUCACCCCUCACCUGCCUCAUCCCUGCACACUAAAGAGAGGAGGCGGGGAGACAGGAAGGCACGACCACCCCCUUCUCCCUCACUCCCGCUUACAAAAGUCUCUGUGGCUCAACCCUCAGCAUGGGCUCCUCUGGUUUCCAAGAAACGCCUUCCUCCCUCUGCACCCCUUCCUCCGUGGCGGGCUCCAGAGCCCAGGGCACACAUCCAAGCUGGAGAGGUGUGCAGACUUCCCCUCCCCAGGAUUUGGGGGAUCCAGAGCGUCCCGAGCACCAGCAUCCUCCCCCUGCCACCCACCCCAGGCCACAGGCCCCUGGUGGGCAAGAAAGGAGCCAGGUGACCCAGAGCUGCCCGCCAUGGCCUCCCCCAUCAGACAGCGUGGCCCUGGUGACCAGCGUGGUGUCCAGAAGAAGAUGCGUGGUCUGGCGAAGCUUGUCCCCUGUGAGGUGACAGAGGACGGCAGAGGUGGUUCUGGGGUGAUGGGUAGGGUGAGGCCCCUAUCCCAAGCCAAGGGCACCAUUUGCCUGAUAGUCAAAGAUGAGGCUGUUAGAGGAGUCUUGUGGCCACCCUAGGCUGCCUUUCUGGGCCUCUGGACUGGACUUGGGGACAACUUGGGUUCCCAGCCAGGGUUAAGAGGGACCUUGAGGACCUCUCAAAUGGUAGCCAAGCACUCCUGUGCUCUGUGACCUAGAAAUGUUUGGUACCACUUCCUGAGUGAACACUGAGUAGGGGGUAGGAAGAAACCCCCCAAUAUGUCCAUGCCCCCCUGUGAGCCAGGAGCAGCCCGUCACGGCUGUCACAGACGCUGGGAAAUGGACCUGUUGUGUGGCUGGCUUGGUGAGCAGAGCUUGAGGGGCAAGGAUAGCGGAGCCUCCCCCCUCAACCCCAAAGACCAGAGCUUUGGCUUCUCAGGUUUCCCAGACGCUGUGCUGAGGGAGGUGCUGGGCCUGGAGGGGGUGGUAGCCCUCCCUACAAAGAGGCCGCCAGAGGGGAGCCAACCAAGAUGGCCGCUUGGUGGUCAACCCAGCAGAGGGCGGGCUUGGGGAGAGAGGCCCGGGUUGAGGGCAGUUGACUCCUGCGCUAGCUAGUCCCUUUUCCUGUAUCUCAGAGCCCAUCCCGGCUCUUUUUCAUUUUCAAAGUAGAGGUAACAGAAAGGCAAGCUUAACUGUCUCUUACUCCUUGGACCCUGGGGAGAAAGCCACAGGGUGGGCCGUGGCCUUCAGCGUUGACAUCCACGACCUCCUGUGAAGCCUGCUCUCUUGAGAAGGCGAAGGCAAGGCGGGAGCUGUUGGCUGAGGCAGCCUGCCAUCCUUGGGGCCGAUGGUGCCAGGAGUGGCCCGGGUCAGAGGGAGACAGAAGCCUGUGGCCUAGACCGCGGCAUCCGUGGUGGGGAGGGCGUUUGAGGCUCUCGGAACAAGGUGGGGAACGGCUGGGAGUCGGGACAGUGUCGUGAGUUCGGCCGCGUGUGUGUGUACAUAGACGUGGGAGUGUGCACGUGUCCUACACAUCAGCGUGUGUGCAAAGCCCACAUCCGAGCCAAGGGCCUGGCUCGUUCAGUAUUUUGAGGCCUCAAGGGCAGUCUUACCCGGGGGCUGCCUGUAGAGUUGAUAGGGUGUGGGGGACAGGGAUGUCCCCAGCAGGGGCUCUGCUGUGCCCCACAGACGCCUGGCGGCCCACGCAGCCCAUGAGGCCAGCCCCAAGGGGCUAGACCUGCCGGGCCAGCUCUUCAGGAGCGCCCAGCCCUGAAGACAGUAUUCACGGGGAGACGGGUAGGGUGCCGGUGCCCCUUGCCUACCGGGGGCUCGUCUGCAAAGAGCGUCCAGUGAAGUCGGGGACCAGGGUGGGGAGUGCGGUUGGUGGUGGAUGAAAAACGGGCCAAAUUCAUGUCCCAAGACCGAGGUCAAGCCCAGUGCGUUUUCCCGUCCUCUGCCUCAGUUUACCUAUUCAGAAAAUGGUCCAGGGAGAAUGAGCAGGGUUGGCUCCAAAACUGGGCGGGGUGGAGGCGGGGAGAGGGCAGGGGGCUGACAACAAACAAAAUCCCAAGUCCUUCUCUUGCUCUAUGCCAAAAUUAUUUCCGUUAUCCUGAGAUGGGGGUGAGUGGAUGUUGGGUGCAUGAUGGGGCUCCGAGGGGCCUCUGCCCUGCCCAGGGCCUCGCCUCGGGGGGUCCGGCCCUCACCUGGCAAUGCCCCGGGUCACCAGCAGCAGCAGUGGCACUUAGAUCUGUCCCGGGGCCUGGGCGAGGGGGGAGCACCGGGUGACCCUAUGCCCCAGGGGCCCUCACGCUUACUCUUUUUUCUUGAAGAAACACAAAACCCUCGAGAUUCAUGUACUGUAUGACGGAGAGAAAAAAAGUACCUAAUGUUCCCCCCCAAAAAAGACAGUAUAUUUUGUACUUUGUAAAGUGUUAAUUAAAAUGGACAAAAAAACGG